AUGGCCUCUCAACCGCCUGAGGGUACCACCUCGACGGCGCACCCUUCGGACGAUUACACACAUCCCAACCGAAGCAAAGGCCGCUUCCGCUUCAAGAGCCGGCCGUCGCGUGACAAAAGACACCACGACCCUAACGAUAGCGCCCGCUCGCACGACUCCGAGCGCGACCAUAAAAGGCGCCACGGGAGCCCUCGAAGCAGCAGGCGCAACGAGAAUGCACGCCCCUCAAAGCGCCGGGACAGACACCACCGCUCAACAGAACCACCCGACCCAACCAAGCCGCCUCCGCUCUCGCCCAGUGCUGCGUUUCGAGAAUCUCUCUUCGAUGCACUCGGCGACGACGAAGGCGCUGCGUAUUGGGAAUCUGUCUACGGCCAGCCUAUCCACAAUUAUGCGGUCCCGGAGGUGCCCAAGGGCCCGGACGGGGAACUCGAGCAGAUGUCUGACGAGGAAUAUGCAACGUAUGUGCGGUCACGGAUGUGGGAGCGCACGCGGGAAGGGAUGCUGGAAGAGCAGGAGCGGCUGAGGGCCGAAAGGAAGAAGGCGAGACGCCGGGAGGAUGAGAGGGGUGCGAAGGAGAGGGAGCGCGGAGCAUUCGAGCAGGCGAUGGACGAGAGCUUGCGGCGUGGAGCAGAACGAAAGAAGAGGAAGAACUGGGACGUGGCUUGGAAAGCGUAUUUGGCGAGUUGGAAGGAAAUCGCGAAGGUGGUGCCGCAGCCUGGGUCCACGACCCAGUCUGCCGAGGCGGAUGAGGCUGAUGCGCAGCGCAAGCCGCUGCGCGACUUGCUUUUCUGGCCUGUCGAGUCUGGCAAGCGGCGUGAUGUGAACCCGGACUCGGUGCAAGAGUUCCUGCGCCAUGCGCCGAUGGCCGAUCUACUGGCGACGCUGAAAGCAGAGCGGGUGCGGUGGCAUCCUGACAAGAUCCAGCACCGAUACAGCGCGCUGGGAAUCGAAGACGCAGUGAUGCGCAGCGUGACAGAGGUAUUCCAAAUCGUGGAUCGCAUGUGGGGUGAGGAGCGAGAGCGCAUCGGUGAAAAAACCUGA